AUGGGUCGCCGCCCCGCCCGCUGCUCGCGCUUCCAGAAGAACAAGCCCUACAUCAAGUCGCGGUACUGCCGCGGCGUGCCCGACCCGAAGAUCCGCAUCUUCGACUGCGGCAACAAGAAGGCGUCCGUGGACCAGUUCCCCUUCGUCGCCCACCUCGUGUCCGACGAGAAGGAGCAGAUCUCGUCCAACGCCCUCGAGGCCGCGCGCGUCGCGUGCAACAAGUACCUCAUCAAGAACUGUGGUAAGGAGGCGUACCACAUCCGCACGCGCGCGCACCCGUUCCAUGUCAUCCGCCAGAACAAGAUGCUUUCGUGCGCCGGCGCCGAUCGCCUCUCGUCGGGGAUGCGCCACUCCUACGGCAAGCCCAUGGAGCGCGCGGCGCGCGUGUCCAUCGGCCAGGCCGUGCUCAGCGUCCGCGCCAAGGACGCGAACGCGGACGCGGUGCUCGUCGCGCUCCGCCGCGCCAAGUUCAAGUUCCCCGGGCGCCAGAAGAUCCUCAAGUCCGCCAAGUGGGGCUUCACCAAGUUCGACCGCGAGACGUACGUCAAGGGCCGCCAGGAGAAGUGGCUCGUCGCCGCGGGCUCGUCCGUCAAGUACAUCACGCCCCACGGCCGCAUCGGCGCGUCGCCGGACGUGCGCUUCAUCAACGAGCACAUCACGCCCUACUAG